GCCAGCGACAACGACAACAACCCAUGUGCGUGUGGAGUACUGCUCCUCGUGAGGCUACGCCAACCGGUUCCAGGACAUGGCGAAGUCUUUGGAAACUAUCUUCCCCCAUCUCGCCGGUCGCAUCGAAGGCAAGAAAUACGCUCCCUCAGGAUGGAUCUCUUCCGUGGCGUCGUCGCUCAGCUUGUUGCGAUGGAUUGGGCUCGCCUUUGUCCUCUUUGGCGAGUUCUUCUUCGUGUCCCUGAGCAUUCCAAUGAACCCGUCGUUGGUUGACGCGAUGAAAGAGCACCGAUUCACUGCUACAAUGGUGUUGAUGGUGAUCGGAGUGGUGUCUCAAAACCUGUCGGCGUCGGGAGCCUUUGAAAUCUACCUCAACGACAAGCGCAUCUUCUCCAAGUUGGAAUCGCAUCGCGUUCCCACCACCGAGGAAGUCGCCGCAUUGCUCGCCGCCCAGGGAUUGAAGACGCGAGAAGGAUAAGCAUGCGAUUUCGACGGACAUUUCUCAUUGUCGUUGUCCCUUCCGCGUCGUGUGUGUCUACUGAAUGAAGUUGCAGCCAUGAACCAUACAAGCAUGGGUGGCUACGAUGGACCGAGCCUCGACACACGGCAGCAUCCUCCAGUGAAAAAACUCAUGUGCCUAUGAUGGGGGUAGUGCAAAUGAUGUUUUUCCGCGCUGUAGUAAAUAUGUUUGACACGAUGGAACGAUUAAUGAAAAGUCUGAUGUGACACCGCU